AUGGUAAAAUUGUCUUUAAAUGAUGCUUGUGAUAUUGCCAAAUCUCGUAAUGGAAUAUGUCUUUCAACUGUAUAUAAUAAUUCCACUACUCCAAUGAUAUGGAAAUGCCAUCAAGGACAUCAAUGGCCGGCUCCCUUUCACAGGAUUAAACAUGCUAAAAAAUGGUGUCCGCAGUGUGCUUCCAAUCGCCGUUGUUCGAUUGAAGAGGCCAAACAAAUUGCACAUAAUAGAAAUGUUGGUGUCCAGAUUGUGCACAUAAUAGACGUCUUACUCUUGAAGAAGCUAAACAAAUUGCACAUAGUAGCAGAAAUGUGUUAG